AUGAAAUUUAAGCUUCUCCUCGAUAGCGCCGCCAACUUAAUGCCCCAGAGUUACGAAAAGCAGACCUGCCUUCAAAUCGCUAUUCGAAAUGUCCAUUUCCCAAAAAAGCUUGUAAAAGAUAUGGAAGCCAUCGUUCUGUUGAUUCAAUAUGGGGUAGAUAUUUUUGCUACGGACGAUCCCGGCCGUUCAAUCUUCGACGAUGCCUACGAAUGUGAUCAUAAUGAUUACUUAGGGCUUGUAGUAGGCACCAAAGUGAUCUCUGGACAUUGUGCUAUCACAAUGCGGUUUCAAAAAUUUUAUUUAAAAGAAGAUGAGGAUAUCAAUAUUAAAGAGCUUUUCAAGCCUCGAAUAGAGGGAGAGGACAAAGAGGACAAAGGAGAUUUCUCUGCGUCUGAAACAGAGGAAGGUGAACAAGGAGACGAAGAAGAGGUAUCGUCGUCCAGGGUAGGAGAACCUGACGAAGAGUAUGGAAGAGAGAUGCCUAAGUCAGAAAGUGAAGAAGUAUGUCUCACCAACUCUGAACAGAACUUGUCUGACCAUGCUGGUGGACAUCCAGAAGGGUUGUUGGUUUCAAUUGAGAAAGCGCGGAGACGUCUGGGAUAUGAGCCUCUUUGCAGCACUGAUGAGGGGAUUUGGAGGACGAUAGAGUGGUUCUGA